UUGGAAGAGGAGGAAGCGGCCGCAGCAGCCAAGUCAGCCAGAAGCCUCCCCAGGAAGUCUCGGCGGCGCCUGCGGCUUGGCACACGAGGCGCACCCGCGCGCAGGGCAGGAGGAAGGCGAGGCGCCGCUGGAGUCGGACGCUCUUCCCGGCCCACGGCCACUGCCGCAGCGGCUCUUUCGCAGAGGAGACUCAUGAGGCAGCGCCUCCAUCACCCUUGAAGGCUCGCCGCGGCGCCGUUAGAGGCUCGGCUCUUUCCUGCCCGUUUACUCGCUUUGGAGAACUCGGUGUGAGCGCCUUGAAGAAGGAGAAGGAAGCAUGGAGGUCAACGCAGGUGGUGUGAUCGCUUAUGCCAGCUCUUCAAGUUCUGCCUCUAGCCCUGCCUCAUGCCAUAGCGAGGGCUCAGAGAGCAGUUUCCAGUCAUCUUCAUCACCAGUACCACCAUCGCCAAACAGUUCCUCGUCCGAAGGCAGUUGUAAUAGCAGGAGCAGGGAUAGCUCCGAUGGAACACCCAAGAGUGAGCCAGUGGAUCGCAUCAAAACAAGUCAGUCAGGUGUUAAUGGAUUGACGAAAGGGCACACUGGACUUACCAAAUUUAACGGCAUGGUCCUGCUGUGUAAAGUCUGUGGAGAUGUUGCCUCAGGAUUCCACUAUGGGGUCCAUGCCUGUGAGGGCUGCAAGGGUUUUUUCAGACGAAGCAUUCAGCAAAAUAUCCAAUAUAAGAAGUGCCUGAAGAAUAACAACUGCUCUGUCAUGAGAAUGAAUCGAAAUAGGUGCCAACAGUGCCGAUUCAAAAAAUGUUUGUCCGUUGGGAUGUCAAGAGAUGCUGUUCGGUUUGGCCGGAUUCCUAAGCGUGAAAAGCAGAGGAUGCUGAUUGAGAUGCAAAGUGCUAUGAAGACAAUGAUGAACACUCAGUUCACCGAUCACUUACCGCCUGAAGGUCUAAAAGAUAGCCGAGAGCCAUUGCUCCUUUUGCCUCAAGAAGAACUGAACUCCAAAUCUCAGCAAGAACGGGAACACCUCGGUAGCUCUUCUACAGCACUCCCACCCCCUGCUCCAUCUGACAUCGCUAAGGAAGAAGUGAUUGGCAUGGUGACCAGAGCCCACAAAGACACUUUUAUGUACAACCAGGAACAACCUGAAAAUCUUCCCACCCUUGAGCAGUCCCAGAAUGAGGACAGGAUCCUAAAGUACACUGAGCAGUAUAAUUCUAGUAGCGAGCCUAAUGGUGGGGGGACAAACAGUGUCCACUAUGGUGGAAGUGAUCAGCAUUUCAAUGGACAAUAUAGAGGACGGAACACUGUGCAUUAUCUUAAUGGGCACAACCUUUGCUUGUCCAACAGCCACUAUACAAAUGUUCCUAAUGGCUUCACCCUCAAAGGUUACAAUAGGAUGCCUGAAAAUGGCUUUCAUCCAAAUGAGACCAUGAAUACUUACGCCCGUGGCACUGGAGGAAGAAUGCAUCUGGUAUGCCCAAUGAACAAGACUCCUUUUGUGGACCCAAAUAAAUCCGGUCACGAAGUCUGGGAAGAAUUUUCCAUGAGCUUUACCCCUGCAGUGAAGGAAGUAGUGGAGUUUGCCAAACGUGUCCCCGGCUUUCGCGACCUCUCCCAACAUGACCAAGUAAACCUGCUAAAGGCUGGAACUUUUGAGGUUUUAAUGGUACGGUUUGCAUCAUUAUUUGAUGCCAAGGAGCGCACUGUCACUUUUCUUAGUGGGAGGAAAUACAGUUUGGAUGAUCUGCGUUCCAUGGGAGCUGGUGAUCUACUAAACUCCAUGUUUGAAUUCAGUGAGAAGCUAAAUUCCCUGAAUCUUAGUGAUGAAGAAAUGAGCUUGUUUACAGCAGUAGUCCUUGUGUCUGCUGAUCGAUCAGGAAUAGAAAACGUCAACUCUGUGGAAGCACUGCAGGAAACGCUAAUCCGUGCGCUUAGGACCUUAAUCACAAAAAACCAUCCAAACGAAGCAUCUAUUUUUACAAAACUGCUUUUGAAACUGCCUGACUUGCGUUCCUUAAACAACAUGCACUCUGAGGAACUUCUAGCCUUUAAAGUUCAUCCAUAGGCUUUUACCUCUCUUUUUUAUUUAUAUAAUGGACUUGCUUUUCGUUAAAUGUGUGCAUUUUUGCGCUGCAAUGUUUAUUUAUGUAUGUACCUUUUGUGAAGAAGACUUUGCUGACUGUAUGAUGGGUAUAUUUUCUGUUGUCAUGCUUCAGGUUCAGUGUUUUUCCACCAGUGACACCAGAGACUUAUUCUUGGUUAUCCAAACAAGCCCCUAAAGUUGAAGAGGGUAUAUAAAAUCUGAAUGGAUAUGGACUAUUAACUGUUGUGCCCCCACCCCCACCCCAUCAUUGACUUUCUCUGCUAUAAGCAAGAAUGUACUAUGGCUAUAUGUGGAAAAUCAAACUCUGGAUGAAUAACCCGACAGCACCAAGAAUGAGAAGAGAAAAUUGGACUGGACUGUCUCCUGCUAAAUGGUCUGGCUUGCUUUAGAAGGGAAGCUUUAAGACUAGUGAAACCUCAGAUAGACAUAGGAAUUCCAUGAGCUGACUUAGCAAAUACCAGUUUGGUUGCUUUUGCACAAGCACCCCUUUGCUGUGUGUGCAUAUGUAUAAUAGAGAUGUGUGUUUACGAUUUUAUAAACAUUGGUGUGAAUGUACAUAUUUAUGUGUAUGUAUAUACAAUAAUUAAUACUAACAUGCAUAUAAUUUCUUCACAAUAUUUUUAACUGUGAAGAAGUUAACCAUACAAAGGAAAGUGACCUGUGGCAACCACCAAAAUGCUGCAUUUGGCUGUGUGUUGUUGAACUGAGUAUCUUGAGUAUGUAAUGCUAGGGAAUUCCAAAUGAAUAAUGGGAUGUUGUACUUGUUAAUUUGAGAUGCAUUAUGGCACCAAAAAGUUAAAGGCUAUGUCUGUUUAAUCAUACUUUUAAAGGAAAGAAAAGUGCCACAGGGGGCUGAUACUUUAAAAUUAUUAAAAUUUUUGCAAAUAAGAUUCUCUUGUGCUAAUAGGAGAGCUGCUAGAUGUUCUUCAGUAAAUCUGAGAGGAAAGUCUCAGGCAACUACAAUAAUCUUAUCUGUAUAGUUUAAAAUGCAUAGCUGAUCUCAGUAAUCUGGGGAGAACCAUGGAAAAUUGCAAGGUACUUUAAUAUUUGGGGGGAUUUUUAUGUGGCUGUGUACUUUUACACCACACUUAUAUGCUGCUUGACUGCUAGAUGAGAUUUGAACACAAAAACGUGGGAUGCUCUUUUAAUGUCUGUGAUUAUUUCCACUGUGUUUGGUUACAGAGAGCUGUAAUGGGUUCUUGAACCCCUUUUUGUGUACACAGCAAAGCUCUUGAUUGUCUAAUAGCAGGCCUGAUGCUGCUUUAAAAAAUGCCAGUGAUAAAUUCCAAAACAAGGGUUUGCUUUAGCAGUUGUGUCUUAUUUUUUUAAAAAAGAUGCUUUGUGGCAAUAUUUAAUCCAUAAUAUCAAGAAUUUAAAUCGCACAAUAAUAGUUCAACUAAGCCAGAAUAUUAUAACUGACCAUAGUUGCUUCAUAUUGCGGAAGGGGACGUGCUCUGUCACCUUUUUUCUAAGGGUAACUUAAACUAAAGGUUGAAUCCUCCCUUGACAGAAUCUUGAUUUUUUUUUUAUUUAGCCUUUUGUUCACAAUUACCUAUUACUAAAGGUGCAACCUUACAAGUACAAAGCAUGCACACUAAGCUUGGUUCCAUAAGGAGAUGGAUUUGCAAUAGGCUAGUUUAAGUCUGGUAUUAUGCUAACUACUCGGUGUUUUACCACUGACCGGCAAAGAAGGUGUGGAUGUCCCGUGACAGCAUAAAACUUAGUCAAAACAAAUGAGAGAGGGGGAUUCACAAGCAGAUUGUUGUAAGUAAAUUCCAGGCAGGGAUGAAAAGAAUCCCACUCCUGAACCACAUGGCUGAAAUUUACCUUAAAAGCUUACAGAAAAGUUCUGCCAUCUUGACCGAGUUGAUCCUCAAAGCAUUUUAUGAGAUUUUGUUUCAAGACGACAGUCUAAUUCAAAAGGAAACCAUUUUACAGCUUUUUUGUACCACCUUUACGCUUAGAGUUCUGGGUAUAGCGCCCCCUGCCAUUCUCUAGCAGACGGUGUUUUCAGACAUGCAUUUCUCAGCUGCUAAUGUAUCUGUAUCCUAUUUUUUUAAAAUUCAGAGAGAGAUUUUUAAUCCUACAAGCCAUUUUAGAUUAUCCCCUUAAAAACUGAAGAAGAAACUUGCCUGGCUUCUGGGCUUCUUAUAGAAGUCUCCCCACUGUACAUACAGUUAUCCUUUUUUAUUAUUUAAGCUUUAAGAAUGUGUAAUUGGUAAUAUGUAAGGUAUUGCUUAUUUUUCUAAAAAUUAGGUUCCAUAUGUAUGUGGAAAAUUAUUCUGAAAAAACAGUCAUGCAAUUUUAUUUUAAUUUUUUUUAAAAAUCCUGUACAUAGCAGAGGAACUUUAUUUCCUUAAACUUUUUUUACAACUUCUCAUUCCAAAGUCAUUGGAGAUUUUAAAAUGUGAUUUCUGUUGUAAUCUUGAAGGCCCAGAUUACACGUUUGUUUGGCAGCGUGUUACUCUAGUGCCUGUGCUGCUGUGCAAAUGUGGGAAGCCCUGGGAGGAGUCCGUGAUAAGAUGCUUGCUUUCUUUAGCCACAUCCCCCCGAAAAUUCUGUCAACACGGUCACAGGGAAGAGCUGGGCAUGGACUCUUUUCCAUAUCCGACCGAGCAUGUAACGUUAGCUGGCAGUGUAAAGAGUAGCAGCACUAACACUGCUUCUCACACUGCUAGUAUAAUGUGAGUAGGGGGCUUUAGUGAACUUUUCCAAAAUAAGCCAUUUAUUGUGAGCUCGUCGUUUUACUGUGUCACUGGUUAUAUACCUACCUGUUCAAUACUGAAACAUAUUUCAUGCCAGUCUUUGAAGUACUGUAGAUGGGUCAUUGCUGAGCGAUUACUGAAAUUGUACUGUAUGGACUAAAUGAAGUUUUUAACUGAUUUUACAUGUUUCGAAAGAUUAAAUAUGGGCAUUACAUUGGCAAAA